CAACUCCGUCAAGGGACGCGAGACACGCGGAUAGAUAUCUUUCCAUGCCGGCGUCACGAUGAUGCUUCAAUAUCGCUCCCACCUCUUUACUAAUCUCAUCUGUGGCCGCUUUGCGCGAUUCAUACGCUGGGACCGAUCCGGGGCCAUCGUCAGCAAGAGGUUCGACUGCACCAAGGAAACGACCCUGAUCUUUGAAUUUUACAAGCGAUUUGCACAGUUAACACCUAGCCAACGAGGGAAAGACAGACUGUUUCUUCCAUUGCUGAUGACGACCCGGACGCCAUACUUGCUCGGGCCAAAUUCUGCCUGUACGACACGGAUAUGUGGCAUGGUGAAUGGGGGUCUAGGGUGAAGAAAGAGAUCAAUAUUGAGGACCAGAAGCUGUUCCGCAUCGACAUGACCCUCGACGGGAAAGCUCGGCGAUUCGUGGUGUGUGCUCC